AUGAAGGCAGUAAUCCAGAAGUUAGGACCAAUACUUUACCAUGGAAGGUUACUAAACAAAUCCCAAUACGUUUCUGUGAGGCAUCAUGGGUUUGCUUAUUUCAUGGAGAGGAGUCUGUGGAUGACAAGCACGCUGGAAAGGUGUUUCCUAUUCUAUUUGAGCCAGUAUGAAAGGGAUGUGCUUACCAAAGCUCUCUCUACAAAGCUGCUAGCUUCAUUCCAACAAGAUGCGAUAUUCGGCGUUUAUGAACAGUACAACAUGACUUGCAUGACUUGUGCUGUAACAAACACCCGAGAUCAGCUACAAAGUCAUGUUGUGACAAUGGCAAGAUACCAUUUUGUGUGCAGGCCAAUACCUUCCUCGAUGAGGAUGGCCAAUGGCAUGCAAGGAAGAGAGCUUGAAGCUUUUUAA